UUGAUAAGUUGUCUAGCAAACCUAUGAAUUGCUGUAUUGUCUCCAAAUUUCGCCAGCUGUCUACGGAAUUUUCAUCCAGUUUCAGGGACAGGCAAGGAACAUCCCGGAAACUGCUGAUGCUAUCACCCAUCUUGCUCUGACCAAUCAGCAACAAGAAGGUCACAUGACCAGCCACCAACCAGCUGCUACCUAACAAACUUCAACUGCUGUCACCAAAUCACAUCAGGGGAAAUUUAAAGGGUUUAUUUUUUUUUUACAAAAUAUAAUUUCGUGAGACAGUGUAUCAAAUUUAAAGAUACUUUGGCAAAAGAUACUUAUUUUUUUAUUGAAAAAAGAGGCUUAAUUUUUAUUCUGGUUGUGAAUUAUAUUAUCAUAUAAGACAAAAUGGUGUUUGUGGAAACGUUUUACGUGCUGGUUGGUAUUUGCGUGGUGCUGUUCCUGUACACACGCACAGCGAUUCCGUCAGUCGAGGAUCGCAACUUCCAGUCAUUCCAGAGAACCUACCUCGUGGUCUACCUGUUGGGGGCUGCUGGAGACUGGAUGCAGGGCCCACACGUAUACGCGCUGUACCAGAGUUAUGGGAUGACCACACACCAGAUAGAACAGCUGUUUGUCGCAGGCUUCGGUUCCAGCAUGGUGUUUGGGACGGUCGUCGGAUCCUUUGCGGAUAAAAUUGGACGUAGAACCAACUGCAUCUUGUAUGGUAUCUUGUACAGCCUGGCCUGUGUUACCAAGCACUUUGCCAACUUCUGGAUCCUGAUGGUUGGACGGCUGCUGGGGGGCGUGGCUACCUCCAUCCUGUUCAGUGCCUUUGACUCCUGGCUGGUCUGUGAACACAAUGCUCGAGGAUUUGACCGUGACCUGUUGGGGAGCAUGUUCUCUCUCGCCGUGCUGGGGAACUCCGUGGUGGCCAUCAGUGCCGGUAUCGUGGCACAGGUGUUCGCUGAUCGCUUCGGAUUUGUUGCACCUUUCGAUGUUUCUGCCGUCCUGCUGGUUAUCAUGUGCAUCCUCGCUGUCUUCACCUGGACUGAAAACUACGGCGACUCUUCCGUCAACCUGGGCCGGUCGCUCGUCAACGCAUUGAAAGCAAUCAAACAAGACAGGAAGAUCCUGUGCCUGGGUCUGAUCCAGUCCCUGUUUGAAGGAGCGAUGUACACGUUUGUCCUGGAGUGGACCCCUGCUCUCACCCCGGCCUCACAGACAACAGGGGAGACACCCAGGGAGACUAUUCCUCACGGCUGGAUCUUCGCUGACUUCAUGGUUGCAGUUAUGAUUGGAUCCUCUCUGUUCAAGAUUCUCUGCAAGUUUUCUACACCAGAGUCUUUCAUGAGACCAGUGUUCUUCAUUGCUGCCUUAUCAUUAUCUGUGCCCAUCUUCAUGCCAGGGCAACAAGUGCCUAUCUUCCUGGGUUUCCUGACGUUUGAAGUCUGUGUGGGGAUGUUCUGGCCUGCUCUCAGCACACUGAAGGGAAAAUAUGUCCCAGAAGAAACUCGAGCUACAGUCUACAACUGUUUCCGGAUCCCCCUCAACAUGAUCGUCAUUUCAAUAUUACUCCAGAACCUUGGGAUGAGUCUGAUCUUCAAAUGCUGUUCAGGGUUCCUGAUGGUCGCCUGCCUGGCACAGCAGUGGGUCUACACGCUUGCGGUGACAUCGGACAAGCCUACAGCACCUUCCUCCCCUAACCAGGAAACUAGUGGAAGCAAGAAACCGCUCAUCGAGGACAUCUAGGGAUUACUAUUGGUACUGCAGGCUGUAAAGCCAAUCUCUGUUGCAAGCCAGGAGCUUUUAGACCUAGUCUGGUGUGAAUAGUA